CUUUUGUUCCCUUUUUCCAUUGAUGUGUUGCUCUCUCCUCCUUUUCUAUUUCUACAUCUUCUGAAGAAUUGACGGACAUGGCGCAGCAGUUUGUUAAGGCGAAAAUCAGGGGCGACAAAGUGGUGCUGUUCGUCAAGCCCACGUGUCCCUUCUGCAUCACGGCAGAAGAGGUUUUGUCCAAAUACAAAUUCAAACCGGGACAUUUGGAGACUGUUGAUAUCAGUCGACGCAGCGACAUGGGAAGCUUACAAGACUAUUUCCUGGAACUCACCGGGGCUCGUACGGUCCCGCGCGUGUUCAUCGGUGAGGAGUGUAUCGGAGGUGGCAGCGAUGUGUCCGCGCUGCACAGGAAUGGUAAACUGGAGGGCAUGCUACAGUCCAUUGGCGCGCUGCAGUGAUGUGCUCCAGACUUCCAGCGUUACGGCGUCCGGCGGCGGUCACAUGACUAUGCAGCGAGACUUGCGUAGUUUGCGUCGCCUCUGCUGGUACUCGCUGAGCUCCUGCAGGUAUCCUCUGGAAGGCCAGCGCAACCUCUCCACCUGCUCGCGCUCCUCGUCUGGAACACACACACAAGGAUAUAUAAUAUAACCUGCUGGCAAACCACAACAUGUUACUGUGCUUACGCAAUGAUACACAUGCUCCUUCCCCCUGCUGCCAUUAACACGGCAAACGAAGCUGAAAUAUGUGAUCGUAUCUUCGUAUCUCAAUAUUUCAACUUGUUUGCAGCCUUGUCCCUCUGCCUUCAGUACCCGUCCAGGCUUGUGCGUAUGAUUUAUCAUGACAAUAAAAUGUGUUACUGCUACGCAGCAUUGCUGUUAAGAUUUGCAA